UUUUAGAUGGCAAAUUGUUGUCAGAUGAUGUGACUCAUUACGUGGUCCCUGACUGGAAGGUGGCUCAAGAUUACCUUGAGAUUCUGGAGUUUCCAGAGCUGAAAGGUAUUAUUUUCAUGCAAACAGCAUGUCAAGCUGUGCAACAUCAAAAAGGCCGCAGACAGUACAACAAAUUGCGAAAUCUAGUAAAGGAUGCCCGUCAUGACUGUGUUGUGUUUCCUAAUGAAUUCCACCAGCAUUCCUAUGUGCCGAGAGAGAAGGGAGAAUCCAUGGAGAAAUGGCAGACCAGGAGUAUUUACAAUGCAGCAGUCUGGUAUUACAAUCACUGCUUGGGUCAGAUGCCGGUUGUUAUGGUAACAGAAGAUGAAGAUGCCAUCAGGCAGUAUGGAAAUGAAACAGAAGGAGUGUUUGUGAUUUCCUUCAAGAAUUACUUGGAUAACUUUUGGCCUGACUUGAAGGCUGCCCAUGAGCUCUUUGUCUCAAUAACUCAAGCUCGUCGUGAACGGGAGAGUGAAAGUCAAGAAAAUAAUGGAAAAGAGUAUCCUGAGCACUUACCUAUGGAAAUAUUGGAGGCUGGGGUCAAAUCUGGAAGAUACAUCCAGGGUGUCUUAAAUGUCAAUAAGCAUCGAGCACAGCUGGAAGCUUUUGUUCGACUUCAGGGAGUUGGCAGCAAAGAAACAGAACUUCAGAGUGAUGUACUUAUUUAUGGAGCCAAAGCUCGAAAUCGUGCAAUCCAUGGUGAUGUGGUAGCUGUUGAGUUGCUACCCUCACAUGAGUGGAAAGGAAGGACUGUUGCCCUUUGUGAAAAUGAGACUGAGGAUAAAACACCUGCAGACACCACUGGAGACCCUAUGCCCACAGGCAAAGUCAUUGGAAUCAUUCAAAGGAACUGGAGGGAUUACGUGGUCACUUUCCCUUCCAAAGAAGACAGCCAGACCCAGGGAAAAAAUGCUCAGAAAAUUCUUGUUACACCUUGGGAUUACAGAAUUCCCAAAAUCCGGAUCAGCACCCACCAAGCUGAAACGCUACAGGACUACAGAGUUGUUGUGCGAAUUGAUUCCUGGGAAUCAACAUCUUUAUAUCCAAAUGGACACUUCGUGAGAGUUUUAGGAAGAAUUGGAGAUCUGGAAGGGGAAAUUGCAACCAUCCUUGUGGAGAACAGCAUUUCUGUUGCCCCCUUUUCAGAAAUCCAGAUGAGUGAAAUGCCUGUGAGUUCUUCAAAGAAUCCUUGGAAGGUGAAUCCAGAGGAGGAAAAAAAACGUGUUGACUUGAGAGAAACGCACCUGAUAUUCAGCAUAGACCCCAAAGGCUGCGAGGACGUGGAUGACGCACUGUCCAUUAGAGCUCUGCCUAACGGGAAUCUGGAGUUAGGUGUCCACAUUGCAGAUGUCACCCAUUUCGUGGCAGUAAAUUCUUAUACUGAUGUGGAGGCCAGAGCAAGGGCAACCACUUACUACUUAGCAGACCGACGUUACGACAUGCUGCCCUCUAUCCUGAGUGCUGACAUCUGCUCUCUUCUUAGUGGAGUUGAUAGGUACGCUGUAAGUGUCACGUGGGAACUAGAUAAAGAGUCUUAUGAAAUCCUGGGUGUCUCCUACAAGAAAAGCAUCAUUCGGUCUGCAUACAAGCUGGUCUACGAAACAGCACAAGGAUUAUUAGAUGGAGACACAAGUGUUGUUGCUGAUAUCCUGGAACUGAAAGACUUGGAUGAAAGAACUAGACAGAAGAAGUUGACUGAGCUGGUCUGGGCAAUAUCAAAAUUGACCCACAUAGCACGACAUGUUAGGGCUAAGCGGGACAGCUGUGGUGCUCUGGAGCUGGAAGGGGUAGAAAUCAGAGUGCAGCUGGAUGACAAAAAGAAUAUCCACGAUCUCAUCCCCAAGCAGCCCCUGGAGGUACACGAGACGGUGGCAGAAUGUAUGAUUCUUGCCAACCAUUGGGUGGCAAAAAAGAUUGCAGAAAAUUUUCCUCAUCAAGCUUUGCUGCGUCAACACCCUCCACCGCGACAGGAGUUUUUUUCUGAGCUUCGUGAAUGUGCCAGUGCCAAAGGUUUCACCAUAGACACACGGUCUAACAAAACAUUGGCUGAGUCCCUGGAUAAAGCAGAUGACCCCCAGGAUCCAAUUGUAAAUAAACUUUUGCGAUCUAUGGCCACUCACGCCAUGUCCAAUGCACUGUACUUCUCAACUGGUUCUUGUCCUGAAGGAGAGUUUCAUCAUUAUGGACUUGCCUUAGAUAAAUACACUCAUUUUACUUCUCCAAUUAGAAGAUACGCUGAUAUUGUUGUCCACAGACUGCUGGUGGCAGCCGCUGUGAAGGAAAGUAAAGGAGAUGUUAAGGACAGUGUAUUCAGCAAUAAGGAUCUUGAGGAACUCUGUAGGCACAUUAAUAACAGAAACAGGGCAGCCCAGCACGCUCAGAAGCAGUCGACCGAACUCUUCCAGUGCAUGUACUUCCGAGACGGGAGCCCCGGGCCGGAGGAGCGCUGCCUCGCCGACGGCGUCAUUUACUCGAUCCGAACCAACGGCGUGCUGGUGUUUGUGCCGCGAUAUGGCAUUAAAGCUGCGGCAUAUAUGAAAAACAAAGAAGGUUUAGUCAUCUCUUGUCACCAUGAUAGCAGCUGUGAGUGGAAGCCUGGGUCCCUUCUUCACUUUCAGAACAAAAUUACUUCCACUACAACUACUGGAGGCUCCGUUACAUUAAACCUAUUUGAUCACAUUACAGUGAAAAUACUUGUGCAUUCCUCCCGCUGCCAUGCUGACACGAUCAAACUUGAAAUAAUCAGGAUUGCACCAUAUGAGACGUCAGACACAGAGGUUUUCCAAAAGAAUUCUAAUGUGGCAAAAUUGGAAUUAGUAAAAGAAGUGAGCAAGUCUGCAGAGGAAACCCAACGUGCUCAAGAAAAAGCAGGAGUGGAGGCAAUUGAGGAAGAGUAUCGGGAGUACUGCCAGACAAAGGGAGCAAGUUUAUACCAGCUGCUGGAAGAGAUUAGGGAUUUAGCUCUAUUAGACGUUUCAGCUGACAUUAGAACUUGA